UCUGUCACUCACGGACUAGAUAGGCAUGCACCCGGAUACAGUUCACGGGAGUCGGCAUAUAUACCAGUCUCGGAAUAGAAAAUUGCACGGUCAUGAAGAUCAAAGUUUUGACGCUUAAUUGCUGGGGUGUGCCAGUACCAUUUGUUUGUAAAAAUAGAAAGGAGAGGUUUUUGGCUAUUGGAACUGAAGUUGGAAAGUCAUCAUAUGAUAUUGUAGCUUUUCAAGAGGUAUGGCACAAAGGUGACUUUGAAAUUUUGAAAAGAAAUAUUGGAGAUACAUUACCAUAUAGUCAUUAUUUCUACAGUGGAAGUAUAGGAAGUGGCCUUUGCCUGUUCUCAAAACAUCCAAUAUUGGAGACCUUAUACCAUAGAUUUGAUCCUAAUGGAUACUGUCAUAAGAUACAGCAUGGCGAUUGGUUUGGAGGCAAGGGUUUGGGCUUGGCGAAGAUAGACGUCUCUGGGACCAUUGUACAUCUCUAUAUAACCCAUAUCCAUGCAGAAUACAACAGAGAGCGUGAUGAGUACCGGGCUCAUAGGAUAUGUCAGGCCUUCAGUUCCAGCCAGUUUAUAAAGUACACAAGUAAUGGGGCACAUGUUUCCUUUCUCUGCGGAGACUUGAACUUUGAACCUGUUGAUUUAGGCUACAAGAUGAUCUGCUGUAACGGAACCUUGAAGGAUGCUUGGUUAGAAAAGCAAAGCACCCAAUCAGAAGACAAGGAAGGGAAUACAUCUGACUGCCCUAGUAACAGUUACAGUGGAAACAAUAAACGAGAUAAAUAUCCACAUGGGAAAAGAAUUGAUUACAUCCUUUAUAAAGCAGGAGAAGGUAUCAGUGUAGAAAUAGAGGACUGUUCACUGACAUUGGGAAGAGUGCCAGGAAAACCUUUCAGUUAUUCUGAUCAUGAAGCUGUUGAAGCAACCAUAACUGUAGAUAAAAAGGAACAGAAAGAAAAUAAGCAGGAAGACCAAGAUCUGUCGGCACUUCUACAAGAAUCCGUCAGCAUCGUUGAUUCAGGUCUUCAGUCAACUAGAACAAAUAGUAGAUUCUUCAUAGCAUUUUCUGUUCUAUGUCUUGCAUUGGCGUAUUUUAUUUCUGUGAUUCAUAUUCCAUAUCCGCUCGAUUAUUUUGUUACAUUUUUCAAACUUCUACUUAUUCUGUCCAUGGGAUUUGGUAUUUCCCAGUUUUUGAUUAUGAUCAGAUCAGAGGUCCAUGGUCUAGAAGCUGGUAGACUUGAUAUGAAAAACCUUUUACAAAAUUUAAAGUAAUUUCAAUCAGUUAGAGGUCCAUAAUUUAGAAGCUGAUAUGAAAGACUUUCUACAAAAUUUUACACUAAUGUCCAUUGAGUCAGAGGUCCAUGGUCUAGAGGCUAAUAUGAUUUUUUUUUUACAAAAUUUACAUUAGUUUCCAUCGGGUCAGAGGUCCACUAUAAAAAAACUUUUACAAAAUUUACAGUAAUGAAAUAAUCUAAAUGGUUAAAGACCUCUAAAACACAGUAGUUUUAAUUCAGCUUUUCAGUAAUGUCCAACUGGAAAGUGUUGAUAAUUGUUGGGCUUUUUUUCAAACUUUCACAGGUGCAUAAUUCCACGGUUACUGCACACAUUAUAUUGAGAUUCGAACCAAAGAAAAAGAUAUGUUUGGCACUGACUGGGUAUUGAACUGUGUAUUAUCUUUUAGUGUGUUUUCUGCUUUAUUAUGUGUCUUUUUCCAAAUGAGCACUUUUGUACUCAUAUUUUUUAUGGUUUUGCAUUUCUGAGUUAAUUGUUAUGGCUCUGGUAUGUUCAAACGUUUUGAUAAUGUGUAAAUAGGAGGAAAUAUUAUAACCAGUGAAUUUUUGAAAACAAUAAUUUAUCUGAUUCAGUAUUUAGUGGAGUUUUAUGUGAUUUAAGAAGCUAAAAAAUUCUGGGGGG